GCUCACGCAUUGUGCGCGCCAUAUCAGGUGGGCACGCAGCUUGGAAAGUCCGUUCAGACUCGGCUUAGAAACGAGAUAGGCUUGAGACGGAGCAGGCUGGUGCGGCGCGCUUUGCGAUCGGGAAGACAAACAAUAGAAAAAGACAGAAAAAGACAGAAAAAGACAGAAAAAGACAGAAAAAGACAAGUCUCAGCGUGGGAGGCGGGCGUGAAAGGAGGGCAGGGAGGGAAGCAGAAGGAAAGAAGAGAGGGAGAGGAGAGGGGAGAGAGAGUGAGAGGCGAGAGAGAAAGAGAGGGGGAGAGAGAGAGAGAGGGAGAGAGUUGAGAUGACAAUGAUGGUCUCGCGGGAAGGGAAAAAAAAGUUGAAGUUGAUGUGAUAUGAUCCGCAAGUGGAAGUGCGAUAUGGUAGUGCUGGAAGUGGAUAAGCUGUUUUGGGAAACAGAUAAGACAUGCGUUUUUUCUUUGGGGGGGGGGGAAGGGGGAAGUGGGCAUAAGGUUUAUUGAGAAGUGGAUAAGGUUUAUUGAGAAGUGGAUAAGGUUUAUUGAGAAGUGGAUAAGGUUUUUGAAGAAGUGGAUGAGGUUUAUUGAGAAGUGGAUAAGGUUUAUUGAGAAGUGGAUAAGGUUUUCAGGAAUUGCAGAUACGAUGAUGCUCUGGCAGUGCAGUCGCUCAUGUCCUCCUCUGCGCAAUUGUCCCGCAGAUCCUUGUGCCAGCGGAAGGCUCUUAGAAUUAUCAUAAUUUUUUUUUUAAUUAUUAUUAUUAUUAUUUUUUUAAUUCUUCUUCCCACCGACCUCUCUGUUGAUCCUCUCUGAUACUUCUGACAAUCUCUGACCGCUUCUCUUACAAUUCUCUCGCUGCACUGCAAUCCGUCCUCUGACAGCUUGCGGUCAGUUCUCGCCCUGACAGGUAGUCUGACAGUUCUGUGUCAAUUCUCUGACAGUUCUGUGUCAAUUCUCUGACAGUUCUGUGAAAGUUCCUCUGACAGUUCUUUAUCAAUCUUCUGGAAGUUCUCUGUCACUUCUCUGACAGUUCCCUUACAGCUCUGACAGUCGGGGCGACUGUGAUAGUAGAUUGACAGACCUCUGGUGUAAUUAGAGAUUUUUUUUUUCUUUUUUUUCUCAGUUAAUUGACGAAGAUGACAUCUACGGCAUUUGGAAGUACUCUGGCGGGCGCGGCGGCGGCACAUAAUCCCAACAAAAGUGUUGAGGUGGUGUCUCCUCCGAAUGAUGGAGUUUCAAGUCUGAGCUUUAGUCCAAAGGCCAACUAUUUAGUGGCGACGUCAUGGGAUAAUCAGGUUCGAUGCUGGGAGGUCCAACAGUCGGGAUCAACGGUGCCGAAAGCUGCUAUUGGCCAUGAGCAACCGGUUCUGUGCUCGGCGUGGAAAGAUGACGGGAUGUCGGUGUUCUCUGGUGGAUGCGACCGCCAAGCAAAGAUGUGGCCUCUGCUCUCGGGAGGGCAGCCACAGACGGUGGCCAUGCAUGAAGGGCCGAUUUCGCAGCUGGCUUGGAUACCGGAGAUGAAUGUGCUUGCCACUGGAAGCUGGGAUAAAACUAUCAAGUAUUGGGAUUUGCGUUCAUCCAAUCCCGUUGCAAGUGUUCAGCUUCCUGAGCGCUGUUAUGCAAUGAGUGUGAAACAUCCUUUAAUGGUGGUGGCCACGGCCGACCGCAACAUUAUCGUCUACAAUCUUCAAAACCCACAGGCCGAGUACAAGCGCAUUCCGUCUCCUCUGAAGCUCCAGACUCGUUGCCUUGCAACUUUUCCAGACAAGCAAGGGUACUUGGUUGGUUCCAUAGAAGGUAGGGUGGCUGUUCAGCAUCUGGACGAUUCUCACGCGUCGAAGAACUUCACAUUCAAGUGCCACAGAGACCAGAACGACAUCUAUGCGGUGAAUUCCAUCAACUUCCAUCCUGUUAGCUACGAUUGGAGCAAAGGCGCGGAGAACCAUAACCCUGCAACAGCGAAGAAUUACAUUUUCCUACAUGCGACUCAGGAUUCUGAAGUGAAAGCCAAAUCAAGGACAGCUACGGGUUCGAAGCGGUAGACUCAUUUUUGGCAGCAGUAAAAUCCAAACAAGGAUUCAAGUCGGAUGGAUUUGGGCGCUUCUGUAGUGACCCGUACAUUUCCUAAAAUUGUGGCUUGUUAACGGGCACUACUUUAGGAAGUACUGGUGGUUUAAAAGCGUCCAUGUUCAUGUUCUGCUUCUUUCAUUUCACUCAACGGUUGUUUUAAUUUUCUCUUGCGUCUGUCAGUGACUUACCUUGCCUGCUCGCUUCCACAUGCAACUGUUUCCCGCGCGGAUUUAUUGGUAGUCCUCUAGAUUCUAGAAUUUCUGAAAUGCGUGCGAUUAGUAUGCAGCGGAGGAAACUCGAUGCGGCGUAGUUGGUUUCGCAGUUAGCUCGCUUUUUUUUUUUGGUUGGCGAUCGUGCGCUUGACUCUAAUGCACUACAAAA